AUGGCGCCCGCCUGUGCUGCCAAGCGCCCCAAGCUCGAGCCCUCCGCCUCGGCCUCCACCUCCGCCGCGCAGCAUGAGCAUCAGCGGGGCGACGAUGACUACGUGUUGGGCAACAUCAUGGAGAUCGAGCUCUGCAACUUCAUGACCUACGGCCGCCUCGUCUGCCGCCCCGACCCGCGCCUCAACCUCGUCGUCGGCCCCAACGGUUCCGGCAAGAGCUCCCUCGUCUGCGCCAUCGCGCUCGCCCUCGCCACCGACCCCUACAUCCUCGGCAGGGCCUCCAGCGUCGGGGCCUUCGUCAAGCGCGGCGAGGAGUCCGGCCAUGUCCGCCUCUCCCUCCGCUCCCAGUCACAGGCCAGCGACAUCCACAUCACCCGCAAGAUCGAUGCCAACAAUAAGUCUGAGUGGCUACUCGACGGUGCUACUGUCCCAAAGAAGCAUAUCUUGGACGUCAUCAAGAAGUUCAACAUCCAAAUCAACAACCUCACUCAGUUCUUGCUGCAAGAUCGAUUCUGUGAGUUUGCAAAGCUCACCCCCAUCCAGCCGCUAGAAGACACGGAGAAAGCUGUGGGCAAUCCUAACUUACCUGUUCAGCAUCGCCAGCUUAUAGAACGGAGCAGGGAGCUGAGGAAUAUUGAAGUGGCUAUAAAGCAAAAGGAGCAGACCUUGAACAACCUCAAGGCCCUCAACGCCGAACAAGAAAAAGAUGUCCAACGUGUCCGGCAAAGAGAUAAGCUCUUCAAGAAGGCUGAGCUCAUGAAGAAGAAGCUCCCAUGAAAAUAAGUGAAUCUAUGAAUUGGAGGAUAUGUUCUCACCUUCUUAAUGCUCACAUCCUCUUCCCUUUAAUUUGAAUGCUACUUAACCAGCUUCCAUUGCCAGCAAAUUAAAAAGUCUCUGGAGCAUUAGACUAUUCUGGGUCAUUUUAUAGUGUUAAAUUGAUUUAAAGGCAAACCUGACCAAGCAAAACUAAACCAUCCGACUAUUAUGUUAAAAGGUUUUGCACUUUCGAUGAGAAAUGUUAGAAUUUUAGCUUAGUUACUUAGCUUGAUGUCUUUUUCGUAGGAUAGGUUUGGAGCUUGCGUCUACUUUUCUCUAAGUUGGAGACUUAGCUCCAAACAAUUUAUAAUAAUCAUCUCACUUAUUUAUAAAUUUAGCAUAUAAUUGUUCUCAUUCAAUGAUAUUUUAGCCUCUUCCAUAUGCCAAUUAAUUUGGUUAUCGGCUGAUCCGGGUAAAGGUUUCAUUUUUCAUUACGCUUUCUAUGCUUGGGGCCCUUGUUAUUUUCUGCUGGAGGCAUUUCAAUUAACCUGAUUACUAUCCCAAACUGUGCAGAUGUUCCACAGAUGGUCCAACGGUGGAUUAUGAGAAGAGAAUUGCAUUAGGAGAUCUUGUAGAUUGUGAUAACUUCCAGAUUAUUAAAUUGGACCUGAUCAAAGCUUUUCUUGCAUGAUUUAUUUCACAUGUGGUUAUUGAUAUAUGGUUUCCAUCUUCCCUUAACAGUGUUGACAAUGCUCGCAUGCACAUAAAAAAGAUUUUAAAUCGGUUGUUGCAGGUGGCGGUGUUCUGGGGGUGCAAGGGUAGCAUGGUGCACAACUCCGACUGUUGAAGACACUGCGGCACAACCGCGUCGGUCUGUGUGCACCCCAAGUUCUUGAACACCAACCCGACCUUCCAUAAGUGGGCGUUCGGAGGUUUGGCACCCUUGCCUAUCCAUUCUCUGAUUCGGUUUGGUGUGGUGGAGAUGUAAGUGUCUGAUAGUCUUCAGUUUGUCAGAACAAAGGGUACGAGGUAACUACAAGAUGCAUUGCUUGCUGGUUUGUUACGAUAUUUGACCUGAUGGGAGAUAAGAUGAAUUACUUGCUGGUUUGGUAUGAUAUUUGGCCUGAGUGGAUAUAAGAUGAAUUACUUGCUGGUUUAUCUGAAUAACUUGGUUGCACUAAUACUAAAAACACAUGUUAUCUGUUUCUUCCUUGCUAUUUCUAUCUAGGGAAGAUUAUAAUUUGACCAUGGAGUAUAACUCAAAUGCUUCAUAUUGGAAUGUCUGUUGGAUAAGAAGGUACAAAAACUAAACGAUGUUCUCAUGGCUUUUCUUAUUUAUGUUUAGUGUUCAAGAUACUUAUGCCACCAUGUAAAAUAUUUAUCUAAUAACUUCUCUCUUGGUGUGCAGCUAUAUCUGAACCUCUUGAUAAUGCAGUAGAUGAGCUUUGUAAUAUCUUCUAACAUCUUAUAUGAACUAGAUACUCGCUAAUUUAGAUUGUGUGAUCAUACUCAAAUGCCUGAAACACGAAGUAUUCUGUUGUAAGCUGAAAAUUUGUGAUGUCACAUUCCUGUUUCUCGAAAAACACGCUAUACUGCUAUCACAUGUAUUUGUUUAUUUUGUUGUAUUUGUGUAUAAUAACACAAUGCUCUGUUGAUCAGCGUGUUGGUAACUUCGCUCCCUAACACAUGCCUCAUCACUGAUGGCGGCGACAUGGAACAUCACUUCUGUGCGAUUAGUACUGUAACUUUGAGAACUGAAAUUAUUAUAACCAGUGUUACAAAUGUUUGCCGAGGAAAAGUCCUUACAGCAAAAGAAGAACCGGAGGCAGGUUUCCUAUCUUGACCAGUAUUUCCUUUUGUUCCUAAUUGAAGCUCUGAAAAAAAAUGAAGUGGCCUAAAAUUAAGGACUAAUGCUUUUGACAUCUGAUUUGAGAAAACCGAUUUACAGAAUAUAACUAGAAGGUAGAUUGUAGCAUUCCCCAUUGCUAUCUUGUACAUAGACAGUUGGCGUCUAGAGUGAAGCCGUCGACGAGCAAGUCGGCGUCUGUGAAGCUUCGCUGGAGCCAUUCCAGCUCUUCCAGAGUCACAAGGAGAGCCUGGAGUCAGGGCAGGGAGGCUGAAGAGCCAGGACACCAAGGGUGCUAAGCCAUUUGCCAUUGAGAGGACAAUGGCUGCCAUCAGGGACCUCCAGACCAAGCUCAACAUCUCCCUCGCCUUCGUUGAUGCCGUGUUUCAAGAGGGCUAUCGCCAUCCACGACGGCGAGCUAAUGCAGUAGCUCGUGGAGCUCAUCUGAAUGUAUAUGUUUCUGUUAUAGUGUGCUCGAUCUAAUGAUGUAUCUUAUGUUCACAAACAACAAAAUGCUCCUGUCGAUGCUUGCAUGUGAUGACAUGGCAUUUCAGUUUCUUCGUCGCAUGAUGUUCCAAUGUAAUAAGUCAAUCGAGAAUUGCAUGUACAUGUGCUGCUAUCAGAUAAAAAAUGAAAGUCAAAAAGGUCGUUCAUCUA